CCAGGGCAACAAAGGAGCGUUGGGGGGUCCUUUUGUUUGCGUUCUUCAAGCGCUAAGUACCCGAGAUGUUUUCAACCAAUCAGAGAGCGGCGCUGGCACAGCGCUUGCUGCGCGAGCCCCUAUAAGGGCACGGGCUUUGGCCUCGGGGCAGUACUUGUUCCUACCAUUCUAACCGUGAUUGGCAAUUAUGCCUGAGCCAGCAAAGUCCGCGCCCAAGAAGGGUUCCAAAAAAGCUGUCGCCAAGAGUGUCAGCAAAUCCGGCAAAAAGAAGAGGAGGACCAGGAAGGAGAGCUAUGCUAUUUACGUGUACAAGGUGCUAAAACAAGUGCACCCCGAUACCGGCAUUUCGUCCAAGGCGAUGAGCAUCAUGAACUCAUUCGUCAACGACAUCUUCGAGCGCAUUGCCUCCGAGGCGUCUCGUCUGGCUCAUUACAACAAGAGAUCCACCAUCACGUCCAGGGAGAUCCAGACCGCAGUGCGUCUCCUUCUGCCCGGUGAGCUGGCCAAACACGCCGUGUCUGAGGGCACCAAGGCCGUCACCAAGUAUACCAGCUCGAAGUAAACCCUCUGCUGCAUCACCAUAAACCAACGGCUCUUUUAAGAGCCACGCAUCUCAUCAAACGAGUACUCACUCCUCUAUUGCCUUAUUU